GCUUAUAGAAAAUCUAGGAGCGUGUGGUUAAGAAUUUGUUUGGUGGAUGCUGUAUGCAGGCUCGCACUUUCUGUACCUGUCUAUAUGCAUUUACACCUGGCGUCGAUCAUUUAAUGAGAUCGCUCAGAUUUGGAAUCCUUGAUGUUUGACGUUGAACGUAUCUACUUAGGGUGAUAUAAAACAUUUGAUUAAAUGUUACAUACAAUAAAGCGGAAUGAGCAGACGAGAUGUGAAUAAAUGAAGAGAUUUUAAUGAAAACGCGUGUUUACAGUCUCGGCUAGUUAGCAGCCCUUUGCAAUUGAUAAGUCAUUCGAAAAUGAUCGAUCAGGGUGAUCGCAGAAAUGAUGUUGAAGUGUCUGGAACUUGAAGAUAUUGUCAAGAACACUGUAAGAUGGCUAAUUACCAGGGAUACGCUAUAUCACAUAUUCCACAACCUGGGCAAGAGGUUAAGUAAACAUGCCCCGUGCGUUUCUGAUUGGAAUACAUACAAAGAGAUAGUCAGAUUAUUAAUUUCAUGGUAAAAUGUUGGGUCACAAAUAUGUGUAAUAUAUAUAACAAAUACAGGUUUUCAACGUAGGCGGUACAUGUCCAAUUGCAAGUUAAACGUAAAUAUGAUCGAUAGAAGGUUAGGGCAGAGCUAACUCCACGAGUUUCCGGGCUGAAAGAACCCCGCAUACAAACAUAAAGCAGGUGUGAGCCCGAUGUUUACAUUGAAGACUUCAUAAUCGUGAGAAAGCAAUGUUUUAUUCUGGACAUUAAACCCCAGCGUACAAGAGACAAAGCAGAAUAAAUGAUUAUGUCAACAGUCUUCAUUGCCUAGCAGUUUCUGUACGGAGAUUAUUGAUCAUCCCGUGUACUACGUCACUGAAUUGAGAGAAAUAUAAUUAUGGGAUGUAGACUAUCGUCGACAGAGGGCGAUGAAACCACGAAGGCUGGAUCGCUGACGAACAUCGAUGAAAUCAUGGCGGAUGCGCUUCCCGACCCAGCGCCCCCCGCACCAACAGAUUCACGACUUCCGCUCGAUGCAAGACAGGUGUUCAAACUAAAAAAAUCAUGGAAAGGAAUUAAAAGAUGCAUGGCAGAUACAGGAGUGGAAAUGUUUAUCAGGAUGUUCAGGGCUAAUACAGAUAUACGGAACAUGUUUGAACGCUUUCGACAUCUUAAAUCAGAGGAUGAUAUCCGUGUUAGUGAACUUGUGGAGAAACAUGCUAUCUCUGUGAUGGGAACUCUAGAUGAACUUAUAUCCAACAUUGACAAUGUGGACUAUGUGUUAGAUGUUCUCAAAGCCACGGGUCAAAGUCACCAAAAAUUUCCUGGAUUUCGAGCAGAACUUAUAUGGGAGAUGGAGAAGCCAUUCUUGGAAUCCGUGAAAAUCACUCUAGGAGAUCGUUAUAGUGACAAUAUGGAUACAAUAUAUAGAAUAACAAUCAAGUUCGUCUUGGAUAGUUUAAUCAAAUCAAGUACAGCUCCUGCCAACAACUCGGUCUCGUGAGAACCACGUGUAUGUCCAUAGCAUGUGUGGUUUACUGAACUAUGAACAUUUGGCGGGUAUUUGCGUGACUACACGACGUUUGGAAAACGAUGAGGUGAUUGUGGAUGAUGACAUCUGUUGUGGGAUAAUCACAUGAGUCCGGGAAUCGUUUUCUUUACUCCCUUCUACAUAAUUGUAGAAAUGAGUCGUCUCCUGCGAUUUAGCUGCUGAACAUUUGGAAAUGUGUGUUGUGUUUGGUUCUCUUUAUUAUGCCUUGUAACUUGUUUUAAAAUGUACAUGUACUAGUAUUAAGUACUCGUUUGACAUAGUGUCAAAGUGUGCCGUUAGUUCAUUUGUCAAAUCAAACUUACCAUGUUUUUAUUUUUAAAAACGUAUCACUUAUGUCUAAUAAAAUAUUGAAAUAUUUAU